CUGUAUGAGCCAUCCUACUUCUUGCUGUUGACUUGCCAUGACAAGCCUUAGGAGAAGUUGCUCAAUGUUAAUGUUUGACAAGUAGGAAGAAGGGCCUUGGCUGCCAUAUCUCUCCGACAAAACAACCACACUCUUUCGGUUCUCCUUCUACUCAAGUGCGUUUGCUGCUUUGUGAGGAAAUUACAUAUUUAAAUCUGAGGGAGAAAGACAGAAAGAAACCAUGGAGGUGCUGGUGCUGGUCGACUUCGAGGGCACCAUGGGAGACGAGAUCACAGUGAGGAUGGGGGAUGUGGUCAAAAACGUUACCAAGGCCAGUGAGGAGGGAUGGCUGGAGGGAGAGCUGGGAGGAAGGAGAGGCAUCUUCCCUGCUACCUUUGUCAAGGAGGUGCCAGUCUAUUUGAUGGGUGACAGCCAGAGGGAGCCACGAAGCAUUAGACAAACAAAGAAGAUGAAACAGAUGAGGAAAUGUGAGGUAGCAUUUGCCUACAGCCCCCUGAAUGAAGACGAACUGAAGCUGGUUGUUGGGGAGACGAUAGAAAUCAUCAGAGAGAUUGAAGAUGGAUGGUGGAUGGGUGUGAAAAAUGGCAAAGUGGGAGCAUUUCCGUCAAAUUUUGUCAAAGAAAUCUUUGUUUCCCCUAAAGACAACAAGCACAAUGAGGUCAAGUCAAGACCUAAGCUGACAGACGCGGUGUUCAACAAGGAAAUAUCUCAAAGAGCAAGUGUGAGGAACAAAGCAAAAAAUGUGGUGGAGUGUUGCAAAGUCAUGUUUGACUACAAGGCCAAAACGGAGGAUGAGUUGGAUCUGAAAAAAGGAGAAGUUGUUGUGAUACUGAGCAAGGAAACAGAAGAUGAAGGCUGGUGGGAGGGAGAGCUAAACGGACGCUGUGGCUUCUUUCCUGAUAACUUUGUCAUGGCGAUACCACCAAUGGACAGCCUGCAAUCUAGGAGCACAAGCCAACCGCCUGCACGCAACAUCGACAAGAAACCCUCAGUGAAGACAGAGGCCUCAGCGAUGGAGAAAGGUGGUCCAGCAAAGACAAAAGAUGAUAAACCAGAGGUUAAGGACAUGAGAAGCAAUCCUCCAACCAAGGUCAAGCUGCCAUCCAUCAGCAAGCCCAGCCCGCCUCCAGUCAAAGACAAACCCACCAAGGUUUUACCCAAUAGAACAAAUGGUGAUGUUGCUCCUGUUUCCCCAAAACAACCGGAGGACAAAGAGACCGACCAGUUUGAUGGAAUAGACGUGCAGACUGAAAAGCUGUGCCAUCCUACAGCAAACAGAGCCAAACCCCCUCACAGGAGACCACCAUCAGGCCUGGUUACAGCAGCACAAGCCCAGGGUGCCACUGACAAGAAAGAACCAGAACUAUCACCAAAGAAGUUCCAGACAGAAAAAGUAUCUGGCCUGCAAAAGGGUACAGAACGUCUCCUACAAUCGCCUGCAAAGCCUGAUAAUCAACCCAAGACGCCGCCUCCGGUUCGACCAGCACCACCCAAAGUAGUUGUGGAUGACAGAACUGUGACCCAAAAAGAACAACCAACUGUAGAAAGCCUGCAGGCUGAGAUCAAAGAGCUGAAGAUGGCUCUGGAUCUAUUACAGGCCCGACAUGACCGAGACAUGCAGGAAGUGAAAGAAGAACUGAGGGACGAGAGAAACAAACGAGUGGCACUGCAGGAGGAAGUCCGCAGUUUGAGGAUGAAGCAUUAAUCUCAACACAGACUGUGACUGGGCUGACCGUCUGACACUGUGCCAUGCAGGCUUUCAUACUGCAAAUUUAAACAAGAUGAACAUUUUUUUGAGAUGAAAUGGGGAUGGAGAAGACAAGCAAGCUCUCCCACUGCAGACACACACGUAAAAUUAUAGCUGACAUAGGAUUAAGAUAAUCUUGCACUGGAGCAGAGAAACUUAAUCCUUCAAAAGACUUUGAAAUGAUGUACUGUUAAAAGUUUUACAUAUUUGAAUGCUGGAAAUCAAAGUUAAUGUUUUACAUUGUCCUGUUUCAACUUUAUUUCUUUGAUCAUAGGUUUUACUGUACUUUUAACAUUUAUACAAUUAAUGCCUCAGCAGAAUAUGUAAUAUAUGCAGCUGUACAUAGGAGGAAAUAUUGUGAUGAUAUUGUGAUAUUUUUGCAAAAAAAUAUAAUUCCAAGUCAUCCGAA